UCCUCCCCUGAGCUUCAGAUGGCUUACCAGCUCCUUAAUCUGUCCUCUGAGUGACAUCACCCUCUCCCUGCACCCUCCACACACUCCUCAGAGGGAGGGACGGGAAGCGAGAGGUGGUGGUGGAUGCCGCUGGUGGUUUAGGGAAGGUGAAUUAGCCCAGCAGUGAAGCGUAUAGGAGACUUUAGUAGAGAGCACACAGGAUCACUUCCGACAGACUGCCAUGGCAGCGGGCAUAGAGGAGGGGGACGCACACAUGGAAGAGCUGGUGGACCAGGGCCUGGGGAUGGAGGAGACGGCCCACGGCCUGCUGAGGAGGCCCUCGCUGAAGGAGAGCUACCACAGCGACUCCCUGCUGGCACCCGACACUGACUUCAUGACAGAUGACCGCAGCUCGGCAGCCAGCGGCCUGGACGUGGCCGACCGGCUGACCUACCUGGAGCAGAGGAUGCAGAUGCAGGAAGAUGAAAUCCAGCUGUUGAAGAUGGCUCUGUCUGAUGUCCUCAAGAGGCUCAACAUCUCUGAGGAGCACCAAGCAGCUGCUGCCUCGGGUGCCGGCAGGAGAACGACGGGCGCUAAAGCCCGGCCAGUGUCUCUAGCUCUGCCCUCCAGACCGCCCAUGGUGACCUCCAGCGCUGCCUCCCAGAAGAAGAGCACCACGCUGCCCUCCAGCUCCACAGCCAGGAACUACAGCCCACUACCGCCCUACAGUGGAGUGAGGAGCCCACCAGGUAGUGUGAAGGACAGUCCAUGUAAGAUCAUUAAACGACCGACCUCGGCAGCUUCCACCUGUAAGAAGCCUCCAGAAGGCAGCAAGUCCAAGGAGGCUGCAGUAAAUGAAGGGACGAGGCAUGUGACACACUGCAAAGUGACUAUGCAGAUCUAUCUGAGCCCCCUCGCAAGAAAGACUGGAUCUUCUGAGACCGACAAAUCCGCGGCGGCGGUGCCUGCCAGCAGCGGCCCCGCAGCCACGCCCAGCAAACCCCAGGCGAAGGGGGGCAGCAAGCCGGAGGCGAGGAAGAAGACGACUCCGUCCUUCACCUUGAACCUGCAGAAGACCACGACCAGCCAGAGCUCAGCGCAGGAAACAUCCAGCUACAAGAGCCCGCUCAAAUCACCCAGCCAGUACUUUCAGAUUUGUUACUGAGGCAGGAGAUAGAUUCACUACAAAAUGUGUCCCUGCUAUCAAAUUAUUAAUCGACCACUUGAACAGAAACUGCGAAUAAAGACUUUCUUCAAAUGUUGAAAAAAGAAAGGGAAAUUGAUUUUAAAAUGGGGAUGAGUGCACUUUUUAAAUUGCAGGGACGACAUGAUUUUUGAGCAUUUCGAAACAUUUCAAGUGUGAGUAACGAUAACACUGUUUUAUGGCGUAAUUAUUUAUUUCAAAGAUAGUACAGUUUGAAAGCUCUAAUGUGUUUUUAGCCUCCUCUGAGACCACAGUAGUCAUAGAUCCACUUCUCACAUGCUAGUACCGUACUGUAAACGUUCUCUCCGUCUCUCUAUAUGUGAAGUUUGUAAGGGUGUGGGUGUCUGUAGUCGUCUUUGAGCGCUGACUGUGUUUGAUGUCACUGAGUGUGUCUGUCUCAUUCCUGUGUGCUGUGAUGUUUCCAGUUGUUUUUGUAGUUGAUGUUCCACUUUAAACUAAUAUACAGUGUGUACCAGAAUCAGUCAAGACGGCUCAUUCUAGUUCAGGACAAACAAUAAAAACACUAUGAUCACUAA